AUGCUCUCUCUUGGCGAGGAGUUUGUCGAGUUUGAAGUGGAUUCCCAGCUUUCGGACAUCUUCUUUGAUAAUGUAAAUCGAAAAGUGAGUUUGAAAAAAAUUGUGUUUUGCGCAGUGCAGAAAAGUUGGUCUGCACCGUGCGAUUGCAAUGGCUUCAUUUUGCACAGUGCAAGAAAGUCAAUUUUGCACAGUGCAAUCGCGAUGAGUUUUAAUUUUGCACAGUGCAGUCGCGAUGACGUUUCGUUUUGCACAGUGCAAUCGCGAUGACUUUUAAUUUUGCACAGUGCAUCUGCGAUGACUUUCCAUUUUGCACUGUGCAGUCCAAAAGAAUUUUUCGUUUUGCACAGUGCAGUCCAAAAGAAUUUGUUUUGCACGGUGCAAUUGCGAUGACUUUUAAUUUUGCACAGUGCAACCGCGAUGGCUUUUCAUUUUGCACAGUGCAGUCGCGAUGCGGUUUAACUUUGCACGGUGCAAUCGCGAUGAAUUUUAAUUUUGCACAGUGCAAUUGCGAUGACUUUUCAUUUUGCACAGUGCAAUCGCGAUGAAUUUUAAUUUUGCACUGUGCAGUCGCGAUGAUUUUUCGUUUUGCACUGUGCAGUCCAAAAGAAUUUUUUUGCACAGUGCAAUCGCGAUGACUUAUAAUUUUGCACAGUGCAGUCCAAAAAAGUUUCCUUUUGCACAGUGCAAUCACAUUUUUUUAGAUCUGCACAGUGCGCGGGAAUGGUGCCAUGGGAGUGACGGCCAAAGGGUUGGAUGCACCAGUUUGGCCGUCAUUUCGGAUUCGCGAUGGAGGGAAAAUAAAUACUCUCAACUUUUCGACCGAUGGCAUGAUUUGCUGCGCUCAGAGGAAGGAGAACAGCUGUGUGAGUUUACAUUACUGUAAAAUUUUUUGAUUUUUUUUGUAUUUGUAGUGGAUUUACGUUCUGAAAUUUCUGGAAAGCAUUUAGAAAAAUUUGAUUGGUUUAUCGCCGCUUUUUAUUGGAGUUUCAGACGAAAAAUGGGAUUUUUUGAACUUAAAACCCUUAUAUCUCAGUUCAUUGUCCUCAACGGGACCUGAAAUUUUUACAUGUGUCUUAAAGGCUUUCCCUCUUCAUCUAUGCCCAAAUUUCAUCCAAAUCCGAGUAUUUUCAAAAUUUGAGAUUUUUUCAAAAUUUUAAAAUUUUUUGAAUUUUUCAAUAAUUAUAGUGGAUUUACAUUCUGAAAUUUUUGAAAUCCCUCAGAAGAAAUUUAUUUUGUUUAUCGCCAAGUUUUAUCGGAAUUCAGACGAAAAAUGGGAUUUUUUGAAUUUAAAACCCUUAUAUCUCACAAGGGAAUGGUCUGAACUUCCCCCAACGUUCGGGAAAAUGACUAGUACAGGUGGAUAGAGCAGGUCGACUUUGGUAGAAAAAGGCAUUUUCCAGCUGCAAAAUAAGCACGGCCGACGAGAAAAAUCGACCGAAAGUUCCGAAAAAAUUUCCUCUUUCUCUUCCCUCGGAAAAGAAGAGGUGCUUCCAGUGGUUCGGUUGGCCGAGUGGAUAGAGCGUCCGCUCGAUAUUCUUUUGGGGGUUGGUUCGAUUCCGGGGCAGCGCGAGUGGCUAUGAUAAGGCUUUGGUGACGAAGGUAAAAAUUAUUUUGCAAUUUUUUACGCCUUCUAGAGAUUGUAAAACACAUAAUAAUAAAGGAUUUUCAUGUAAAUUCCGGCGAUUUUUUUCUGGAAGAUUCCAGAACGUUCCCAAUCAUACUCCAAUAAGGAGCAAACUGGAGCACAUCUUGAUCAUAUCGGCGGUUUUGACAAACGUCCACUAGAGUGUUCGGAAAACAGACAGUCCAUGACUAGAUUAUUGGAGUAUGACUGGCACCUUUCUGGAAUCUUAUAGAAAAAUGGCAAAAUUUAGAUGGAAAUCCUUUAUUAUUAUGUGUUUUACAAUCUCUAGAAGGCGUAAAAAAUUGCAAAAUAAUUUUUUUGGUCCACAAGAGUUUACCUUCGUCACCAAAGCCUUAUCAUAGCCACUCGCGCUGCCCCGGAAUCGAACCAACCCCCAAAAGAAUAUCGAGCGGACGCUCUAUCCACUCGGCCAACCGAACCACUGGAGGCACCUCUUCUUUUCCGAGGGAAGAGAAAGAGGAAAUUUUUUCGGAACUUUCGGUCGAUUUUUCUCGUCGGCCGUGCUUAUUUUGCAGCUGGAAAAUGCCUUUUUCUACCAAAGUCGACCUACUCUAUCCACCUGUACUAGUCACUUUCCUUAACGCUGGGGGAAGUUCAGACCAUUCCCUUGUCAGUUCAUUGUCCCCAACCCGAUCUGAAAUUUUUACACAUGUCUUGUAGAACAUCCCUCUUCAUCUAUGCCAAAUUUCAUCCAAAUCCGAGCAUUUUGAAAAUUUGAGAUUUUUUAAAAUUUAAAAAAUUUUUUGGAUUUUAUUAUACUAUUUUUUCUGCAUUUACGUUCUGCAAUUUCUGAGAAUCCCUCUGAAAAAUUUGGUUUUGUUUUCGCUGCUUUUUAUCGGAAUUCAGACGAAAAAUGGGAUUUUUUGAAUUUGAAACCCUUAUAUCUCAGUUCAUUGUCCUCAACCCGAUCUGAAAUUUUUACACAUGUCUUAUAGAACAUCCCUCUUUAUCUAUGCCAAAUUUCAUCCAAAUCCGAGCAUUUUGAAAUUUGAAAUUUUUUGAAAUUUUAAAAAAUUUUUGAAUUUUAGGACUUUGUUUUCCUCGAAGACAAGACAAAUGACGUCUACCCGGACUAUAAACAGAACUGCCGACCCGAAUCGACCAAAAUUAUGGGCGCUCAGUGGGUGGCGGACAAACAGAUUGUCUACAUCACGGACUGCGGAAUCGAGUUGUAUCAGUUCAAUUCGAAACGAAAAACGGUCAAAUUUGUGAAAGCGAUUAGCUUUCGGCCUAAUUGGUUCGUAUUUCAUGUAAGUUUGAGGAGAUUCCAAAAAUUUUUUUGGGGAAAUUUGGAUUUUGGACCUUAUUUUAGCUAAAAAAGCGAGAUUUAGGUAUGUUAAACUGAAAUUUUGGAUGGUAUUUGAUAUCGAAAAGAAUCUGUAUGCUUUUUUGAGUGAUUAGAAAAGCAUUGGUCUUCUUUUGAGAUCCGUGUUUUUAGUAAUUUUUAUCAAUUUUACAUCUAAAAUAAUAUAUUUUUUCUCCGAAAAAUUCAAAUUUUUUUUGGUCAAAUUACUCAAGAUUUUUAAAAAUUAAUUUUUCUGGAAUUUCAGCCCCAAUCCGACCUUUUGAUAUGCGCCAGCGGCGUCACAGCGGCAGUUUUGAAUCCAUUUGUCAUCCAAAAUGGAUUCAUCCACAAACUUCAACGAUUCGAAGUCGAUUUCGGAUGUUCCCGAUGGAAGCCGCGCUUAUUGGACCGUGAUGUAGCGAUCGCCUCGCUGUAUGGACGAUUGUAUAUAAUGGUGCUGAAAUUCGGACCAAAGGAACAUCAAAUCGAAAGGCUCAAUUUGUUCUUGAUGAGCCCAGAAAGCCCUCCGAAAUUGGCGUUUAGUUUGUUAUUGAACUUGCAAGGUAAUUGAAAUUUGAUUUUACGAUUUUUGUGAAAAAAAUUUUUUUUUGGUUUUGCACAGUGCAGUAGACUUUUUUUAUUUUGCACUGUGCGACGAAAGAGAUUGUUUUUGCACUGUGCAUGAGAAUUUUUUAGUUUGCACUGUGCAGUAGGUUUUUAUUUUAUCCUGCACUGUGCAGUUUAUUCUUUUGUUUUGCACAGCGCGACAAAACAGGUUUUUUGCACCGUGCAGUUGAUUUUUUUUGCACUGUGCGACGAAAGAGAUUUUUUUGCACUGUGCAGUCUAUUUUUUUGGAGUUUUGCACAGUGCACUCCAUUUUUUUGUGAUUUCGCACUGUGCGAUAAAAGUUUUUUGACUUUGCACUGUGCGAAACGAUUUUUGUGAAAAAUUUUUUUGUGUUUUUGCACAGUGCAGUAGACUUUUUUUAUUUUGCACUGUGCACUCGAUAUUUUUUUAAUUUUGCACUGUGCGACAAAGGAGAUUUUUUUGCACGGUGCAAUCGGUUUUCUGGUCUGCACUGUGCGGUUUAUUUUUUGUGGUUUUGCACAGUGCAGUAGACUUGUUUUUAUUUUGCACAGUGCAAUAGAUUUGUGUGGGGUUUUGCACUGUGCGACAAAAAGGAUUUUUUUUGCACGGUGCAAUAUUUUUUUUAUUGUGCACAGUGCAACCAACGAAAGAGAUUUUUUUGCACAGUGCAAUCAUUUUUUCUUCCGGUCUGUACUGUGCAGUCUAUUUUUUGGGGGUUUUGCACGUUGCACUCGAUUUUUUUUUUGACUUUGCACUGCGCAAUCAACUUUUUUUGCGCUGCAUUUUUUUUGUUUUGCACAGUGCAGUAUAUCUUUUUUAUUGUGCACAGUGCGAUAGAAGCGAUUUUUUGCACGGUGCAAUCAAAGUUUUUCUGGUCUGCACUGUGCAGUUUUUUAUUUUGCACAAUGCGACAAAAAAAAAAUUUGGCUUUGCACUGUGCAACAAAGGAGUAUUUUUUGCACGGUGCAAUCAUUUUUUUUUGGUCUGCACAGUGAAGUAGACUGUAUUUUGAUUUUGCACUGUGCGACAAAAGGGUUUUUUUGCACGGUGCAAUCAUUUUUUUUUUUGGUCUGCACAGUGCAGUAGAUUUUUUUUUGAUUUUGCACUGUGCGACAAAAGGGUUUUUUUGCACGGUGCAAUAAAUUUUUUUCUGGUCUGCACUGUGCAGUACAAUCUUUUUUGAUUUUGCACUGUGCGACAAAAGAAAAUUUUUGGCUUUGCACUGUGCGACAAAGGAGUAUUUUUUGCACGGUGCAAUCAAUUUUUUUCUGGUCUGCACAGUGCAGCAGACUGUUUUUUGAUUUUGCACGGUGCACUCCAUUUUUUCUUGACUUCGCACCGUGCGUUACAAUUGUUUUGACUCUGCACUGUGCGAAGCAAAUUAUUUUUGCACGGUGCAAAACAAAGAAAGCUCAUUUUGCACAGUGCAAUUUUAAUUUUUUUUUCAAAAUUUACCCUUAGGCGGUUUCUAUUCAGAUGGCCCAGUCGGAAUCCACACCAUUGACAAUUUGGUGGUCGUGCAUCACAAACACACCUCAAAGAGUUUGAUCUUCGACAUUGGGCUGCAAAAAACGCUGGUGGAAAGAGCACCGGUCGCAGUGACCACAAUAAGACUCCACGACCGGAUAAAAGAAGCCUUCAGCAGCUUGAACACAUAUCAUCCGGCAUGGGUCACAUUCCCGCCGAACUUGAUCGCCGAUGUGAGGCUGGGAAUAUUUUCGACGAUCAAAAUCGACUUGGAAGGAACGGCCGAGGAAAUCCAGGACAAUGUGAGAAGGAUUUUCCGGACUUUUUUCUUGUAGAUUUUGAUGAAAUUUGGCCAAAUUUUAGACUGGAAUUUUUGAAGGAAGCUGUGAGAUUUUUGGCUUGUGCUUUCCAGAAAUUUUUGGAAUUUUUGGAUCGAAAUUUUGAAAUUUUUUAAAAUUUUUAAAAUUUUGAAAUUAAAAUUUUUUUUCGAUUUUGGGUUUGAAAAAAUGAUGGAUUAUUCUGUAUGUAAGGCACAAUAUUUGUACAAAAAUUCAAUUUUUAUCAAGCGAAAUCAAGAGAGAUAUCUUUAAAACAACAUUUUUCUGACCUCAUUUUGCAUGGUCUCUCAUGCAAAAAAUGUUGAAUUCUCAACCGUACCUAAAAAUUUUAAGCCAAAAUUUUUACGAUUUGAUUUAUGGUCUAUACAGAAUAUGCAGACCAAAUUUGGAGAGAAUCCGAGAGUAAUUGUUUGAGAUAUUUGCAUUUUAUCAUCAACAACCUAUGUUAAUACACAAUUUUUUAGAUGAUGCUCCUAGACUUUAUAAUGAACCGAAAAAAUUCGGAAGAAUUCUUCCUGAAAACACUACGAAGGCUCUUGCUGAACAAGGAACUCAGUAUUCGACAAUCGGCCGAGAUCUUCACCCGGAUUCUCGAGGAGCCAACUGUGGCUCUCAACAACAAUAAUAAAGGUAAAUUUUGGCAAAACCUCGUUUUUGACCACGCUGAAAUUGAUGAUUAUGAGUAGACACUUCUGUGUAAUGAUUUUUUAUGUGAGAAUUAGUUAUUGGAUAUCAAAAAUUUUCUUUUUUUUGGGAUGAUUUUUAAAAUUUUUUGCUCUUAAGCAAACCACUUCUGUGGGGUAUGGAGUUACAGGUCGAGACAUGUAUCAAAAAAAUCGCAAAAUCUUUCUGAUUCAGAAUAUGUAAAAAUUAGCUGCCCAAUUUUAGUUUGUAAGGGCGAAAAGACCAUCAGAACUUUUCUUGCAACACCACGCAAAUGCCCUUUUUUAUACUGGAACUACUAAUUACAGUGGCGGAUUUGAUCCAAUGGCAAAAAACGUACCAUUUUGCGUCCCGGAAGUAUCAAAAAUAUGGCAAAAUACCUCCAUUUCCAAGUGAAAGACUCCGAUUUCAAAAGCGCGUCCGCUCUUUUUGUGAGAGAAAUUUGAAGUCGCCCUUCAAAACGAAGUUUUUUCACUUGGAGAAGGAGGCAUUUUGCCACAUUUUUUGAUACUUCCCGGAUGCAAAAUGGUACGUUUUUUGCCACUGGAUCAGAUCCCCCACUAUAAUUUGUAGUUCCAAUGUAAAAAAGGGGCAUUUGCGUGGUGUUGCGAGAAAAGUUCUGAGGAUUUUUUCGCCCUUGCAAACCAAAAUUGGGCAGCUAAUUUUUACAUAUUCUGAAUCAGAAAAAUUUUGCGAUUUUUUUGAUACAUGUCUCGACCUGUAACUCCAUACCCCAUAGAAGUAGUUUGCUUGAGAGCAAAAAAUUUCAAAAAUCAUCCCAAAUAAAAGGAAAUUUUUGAUAGCCGACAAGUAAUUAGUGCAUAAAAAAUCAUUACGCAGCAGUGUCUACUCAUAAUCAUCAAUUUCAGCGUGAUUAAAAACGGGGUUCUGCCAAAAUUUACCGUUAUAUACACCAUAGAAUUAAUUUCUUGAAAAAUUUUUCUUGGCCUAUUUUUUCGUAUUUUAAACAACUGAAAAUUAGGUUUUUAUGAGUGAUAAGUGAAUUUACAGAGAUGUCCUCCAAAGUCAAGCUGAAUGCGGAGCCAUUUGAGCCCCUAAAAGUGGAUUACAACCAAGUUGUUCGGUCCGUCUUGGUCCCAUUGAAGGAGGAACCCAAAAUGGAUCGAAAAUUUUUGUCAGCAAUCGCCCUGGAGUUUUACGCUGCGGUAAAGGUGAGAACAGAGGGGUUUUGCGACAACUGCCUUAGGCAGAUUUUAUGUUUUUAAGCAAAAUUUUCGAAAUUUUUUGGAAAAUCCGAUAAUUUUGAGAAAAUUUGGUGUUUUCAGAAGUUGAAUUGCUGGAUAACCGUAGGCAAUGAAUUUUAAAUUUGGGAUGAUAUUGUAGAAAACAUGCUGCGAGAGUUUUUGAAGGGAUGUUUUAAGUUUAAAGUGGUGAAACUUCAAAAUUUUCAAAAAAAGUUAAGAAAAUUACAUUUUUUAUAUAUUUUUGGUAGUGAAAUGGUAUACUUUAGGUCGAAUUGGUAUUUUGAAAUAUAUGCUUUCUAUGGUGAACAUUUUGGAUGUCAUUUUCUUGCUUUAUUUUUGUUUUAAAAUACAAAAUUUUCAAAAAAGCUCAAAAUUUUCCCAAGAUUUUCGAAUUUCCCCCUAAAAAUCGAAGUUACCGUAUUCCAGAAGGCGGAAAUCCCGCUGGAACAGCACUAUCUUGCCGAGCUCCUCAUCAGAACCAUGGUGGAUGCGAACGAAAUGGAGAAAUUGAAGCAGUGUCUUCAAUAUUCGGUCGUGGAUGACUCCAAAUUUUUGGCCUUCGAAUUGAUCACCUUGUCCAAGGAGAAGCCGGAAUUCGGCCAGCUCGCCUUGGACAUGCUCAAGCGAAAACCCAAUAACCGAGAGCAGGUCGCUGAAUUUUACAUCAAUCGCGGGGAAAUCAUCGACGCGCUGCGAAUGCUGAGAGGCACCCCCAUCGACAAAACGUUGAGUUUGCGGCUGCUGGAAGAGGCCUGGAAGAGCAACGAUCGAAAACUGAAAUACAUGGUCUUCACGCAUCUCCGUGAUGUCCGGAAGUUGGGCUGGCUGGAUGGGAGUUGUGAGUUUUGAAGGGUUUUGGGAUUGGGCGGGUUGAUGUCAUGGAUAAGGUAAUUUCAUCCGAAUUUUUGAUGUUUUCCCCGGAGAUUUGAGUAGUUUGGGAAAGAAGAAGCCAUCUGUGAUAAUAUUUUAUAUGGAUUUGCGGUUUACGGAGGGAUUUGUGACAAGUUUUGAGCAGUUUUGUCAGAUGUCAUGGAGAAGAUAAUUUUUUUCGAGUUGAAGGUUUUUAAUGGGAAUUUAACUAUUUUUGUAAUGGAAUUGAGAUUUUUGAUCAGUUAGUCGGCAAAAAACAUGUAAGGGCGUAUUUUAAAAAAAUAUUUUUGACUUUUUCUUAUAUCUGCUGGUGAAUAAGAUAAUUUUAUGAGAAUUUUUGUCGGAAAUGUGGCAAUUCGAAUGGAGAAAAGUUUGGAAAUAGUUUGUUUGAAUAGAUUCGAGAUUUUUUUAGAGGAUUAUACUUAUUUUUCCAAAAAAAAUUUGGACGAUUUUAUCAGAUGUCAUGGAGAAUAUAAUUUUUUUCGAAUUGGAGGUUUUUAAUGGAAAUUUGAGUAUUUUUAGAAAGGAGAAAUGUUUUGUGCUCUGAAUUUUAAUUCAAAACAGGGUUAAAUGGCGUAUUUUACCAAAAUUUCGAUAUUUUUUGAUGUCAUGGAUAACAUAAUUUUUUGGUCAAACUUGAAAAUUUUUAUAAUGAAAUGGUCUAGGCGUAUUUUAAAAACAAUAUAUUUCGUUUUUUUUUUACAUUUUCAAGCAGUUUCAAGAGAAAAAUUUUUCGAAUUUUAGCCCCUGAUGACCAAUUCGACUCCUACAUUAGAGAAUUCAAGCAACUUUUUAACCUCGAAGAACUCGAAGAGGCGGACCAACGGUCCCGUCUAGCCAAAAUUUCCUCAGUGGCUUCACUGCCAGGCCUAAAUCCAAGCCCAUCGAGGAAUAUUUUAAUUCCAAGUCAUGACUACUUAAACGACUCGAUCCCAUCUUCCUAUCAAUCCGACUUUGAUAUGAAUAACGCCCCCGGCGCUGGAAUCCCCAACUAUUAA